AUGAGCUACGGUGGCUUCUCACUUCCAAAGGGUUUCCGGUUCCAGCCCUCCGAUGACGAGCUGCUGAGUCACUACUUGCAGAAGAAGAAUGACCGCGAGGACCCCGAGAUCACGGCCAUCAUCCCUGAGAUUGAUGUGUCCAAGCACGAGCCUCGCGACUUGCCCGCACUGGUGUUCACAAGGGCCGAUUUUCUGGACAGGGAGUGGUUCACGAUGCCGGACUCUCCGGACAUGGAGUGGUACUUCUUCAGUCCUAGAGUUUUUAAGCACAGCAACAGCAAAAGCAAAAGCACUAAGAUCAAUAGGACUACUGAUGAAGGAUAUUGGAAGAAGCAAGGCAACGAUCGCAGGAUCACUGGGGCCUGUUCUGAUAAGCAGAUAGGGGCGAGGAGGAUCUUGACCUUCUACCUUUCGAAUAAACAGAAGACUGACUGGGUUAUUCACGAGUUUUAUCUCACUAAGGCCGAUUCUGAUGAGCAGAUCGGCGACUUUGUUCUAUGCCGCUUGAAGGACAACCGCUUGAAGAAGAAGUCGGGCAAGCCUGAUCAUGAUCGGCAGGAUGCUCCCUUGUGCGAUGAAGAUCAAGCAUUCAGUGAGCUGGGAAAUGCUGUUGUGAUUCCCAAAGGCAAUGAUGAUGAAGCUAAAGCUGAACAUGGGGGUAGCUGUAGUAUGGCCUCAAAUGUUGAAAGUCCCUGUGGCAAUGAUGAUAACGCUGAACUUGGUGGUGGUAGCCGCCACAUCGUCCCUGUUAUGCUUACUGAAGCAGAAGAAUACCAAGGAUUCAAUGCACUACAAGAUGCUGUUUUUGGAUCUAAUAGCAAUGAGCAAGAAUUUGGAGGCUCACAAACUGGCCCUUGUUAUGUAGAUAAGAAUGAUCAUUCGGUCUCCAUUGAAGGUCAACCUGAUUCUGAGAUGGUUAAAGAGCUACUUCACAAGCCAGUAGAUCUGGCCUUACCCCAUCCACCUCCGUCAACUCAACUGCAGUCACUAAUAUACACAAAGUCGGGCACCAACAAUUCCCUUAAUGAUGAAUAUCAUAAGAGGAAAAAUCCAUUUGGGGAUAGUGACCCUUUUCUUACGAAGAAGAAUCAUACUGAUGAAGUAGAUAGCAACACUUCAUCUAACUCUGAAAAUCAACCUGCAGAUCCGAUUCCAAAGGGAUGUUCUCAACCAGGAGGAAAUCUGGAAUCUGAUUUGUUUAGGUCACAGAAACCACCAUCAAUAAUCAGAGAACCGAGAGAUCUUCCCCAUGACAAUGAUUUCAUUGAAUGGGUUGAUUUGCCAUCUAUAACAGAACUUAUAGAAGGCUUUUAGUUUUCUCUCGCGAAUUUCUCAGAUACAGUUAUUGAUCGAGGUAUCAGUGAUCGAUUAUAAUGCACUAGCCAUUAUGCCUAUGGUGCAUAUGGUUGGAAUGCCAUCCGAAAAAUCUACCCUUUUCUGAAUGCAACGAGUCCAGGCAAAUAUAGAUGUCUUUUCUCAUAAGCAGUUCCUUAGAGGUGGAACUUUCUCUUUUAACAUUACUACCCAUAUCCGUUGCUGAAAUCGUCUUGUCAAUAUUAGUAGUUUAGAACCCAUAUUCCUUCCUCUGAUCAAACAUCGUGUCCACAGUAGUACUGGUAUUUGUUCCUCAUAUCCAUAGUUUUCGAAUGUCCUAAAACAAGGACUGAAGUAUCCAUAUCCAUUUUUUCAUCUCCGUUGGUGAAUCCUCAAAAUCACCAAUAGUUAUUCCUCAAGCAGAUAGUCUGCAAUUAGUAUGUCCCUUAGAUCAAAGGGCAUGCAAAACAUCAAUAUCGAUCAUCCAAUAUUGAUGAAAAUCAGAAUUUGAAAUGGAGGCGCUCCUAGCAGAAUCCGACUGCAGAUCAGCAUCACAAGCCAAGGUGAGAUAACCAAUAUAUGAAAACACUAAAGAACCCUUUCUUUCUUGCAGUAAAUAAAAUUGUAUACUGAAGCUUUGAGGUUAUUUGCUACAUUCCUUGACUACUGGUUUAUGUUUACAGGUCGGUGAAGAUGCAGAGGCCUUAUAUUGCUGUUUAUCUUUCCAAAGAAACUGCGUGUCCUGAAAGCAGACAACAGUUCGGAGCUGGCAGCAAUUUAAAGGAUUCUUUCAUUUUCCAGGAAGCAUCUCCUUUCAAUCCGUAGAACAUGCGGACCAAAUUCACAGUUCUGGCCUACGAGGCCAAUCACAACUAUUGUAUAGCUGCUAAUCUAGCAGCAUUACAUAGAAGAAAGAAAGAAAGAAAAAAUGCAGCAACGGCUGCUGAAGUCUAGAAGACAUGAAUGAUAAUCAGUCAGCAGAAACCUGU